GAAACAGAGAAGAAACAGAGAAGAAACGGAGAAGAAACAGAGAAGAAACGGAGAGGAAACGGAGAAGCGACGAGACAAAGGAGGAGGAAAAGGAGGCAUAGCAGACGACGCUGACGCUCGAGUCACGUGACCCGAGUUGUUCGUUCCGGGCAUCGAUCGUGGUGGCGUUCGCGUUCCCUUCCUGCCUCCUCUCCCACUCUCCCUUUGACCUUGCGCAAGGAGACACGCACCGGCCUCCCCUCCGCCUCUCAUCGCCAGUUGACACCCAGUUGAGUCAUUCCAAAGAAGUGAAUCAGGAGACAUUUAGAAGUAACCAUGGCAAAGGUUGGAAUUAAUGGUUUUGGCCGCAUCGGUCGCCUCGUCUUCAGGGCUGCCCUCGACAAGGGUGUCAAUGUUGUUGCCAUCAAUGACCCCUUCAUCGACCUGGAAUACAUGGUCUACAUGUUCAAGUAUGACUCAACACAUGGAAGGUUCAAGGGUGAUAUCAAGGCUGAAGGGGGCAUGCUGAUUGUGAAUGGUCAGCAAGUUCAUGUUUAUGGAGAGAGGGACCCUGCAAACAUUCCAUGGGGAAAGCAUGGUGCUGAUUAUGUGGUGGAAUCCACUGGAGUCUUCACAACAAUCGACAAGGCUUCUCUCCACUUCAAAGGAGGAGCAAAGAAGGUGGUCAUCACUGCCCCCUCGGCCGAUGCCCCCAUGUUUGUCAUGGGUGUCAAUGAAGCUGCUUAUGACCCAGCAAUGAAGGUGGUGAGCAAUGCAUCAUGCACGACCAACUGCUUGGCUCCCCUGGCCAAGGUCAUUCAUGAGAACUUUGAAAUUGUGGAAGGUCUGAUGACCACAGUCCAUGCUAUGACUGCCACCCAGAAGACUGUGGAUGGUCCAUCUGCAAAGCUCUGGCGUGAUGGGCGUGGUGCAGCCCAGAACAUCAUCCCGGCAUCGACGGGAGCAGCCAAGGCUGUUGGAAAGGUUAUUCCAGCUCUGAAUGGGAAGCUGACUGGCAUGGCCUUUCGUGUCCCCACCCACGAUGUCUCUGUUGUCGACCUCACCUGCAGGCUCGGUAAGGCCUGCACCUAUGACGAGAUCAAGGCUGCGGUCAAGAAGGCGAGUCAAGGCCCGAUGAAGGGAAUCCUGGAGUACACAGAGGACCUGGUCGUGUCUUCGGAUUUCAUCGGCGAUCGUAACUCCUCCAUCUUUGAUGCCCAGGCUGGAAUUCAGCUUAGCCCAACCUUCGUGAAGCUCAUUUCCUGGUACGACAACGAGUACGGCUACUCUCAUCGCGUGGUGGAUCUGCUUAACUACAUGGUCACCAAGGACAAGUAAAGGGAAUCCCUGCAAGGGGCUCAUUGGGAGAGUCCAAGGUCACACAUCUGUCUCCAACUGAUCUUUUUUGUCCCCAGUUAUCCAUAGGAAGAGUUUGGAUCUUAUCUUUCUCUGAGGUCCUAGACCUUUGAGUCCAGUGGUGCAAUGCAAUGUCUUGCUAGUCUUUUGUAUUAGUAGAGAAAUUGAGUGUCCUUGCAAUUUAUUUGAAUCUUUGUGCAAGAUGUUCCUUGAAUGUGUGCAAUGCCUGAAUCUGUCAAUUUCAGUGUGGUUGUGAGAGUCAUUACUCUAUCUCUCGCCGUCUCAUGCAUGUCAAUCUCGAUCCUGUUAUUUCACCUCUGUUUUUACAUGGAGUAAAGUGGAAAGUCUGCAUUCA